CAUCUCUGGCAUGGGCUCUGAGCUGCCCAGGCGGUGGGGGCCCAGCUAGGGAGGCAUCUCCACCUGCUUCCCUUCUCAGCCACUCACAGGCCUCACAGGGACAACUGAGACUCCUGUUGAUGGAGAGGCCGGGGGCGCGCAUGGCGGGCUUGGAGGUGCUGUUCGCGUCGGUGGCGCCGGCCAUCACCUGCGCGCAGGACGCGCUCGUCUGCUUCCUGCACUGGGAGGUGGUGACGCACGGCUACUGCGGCCUGGGCGCCGGCGACCAGCCGGGUCCCAAUGAUAAGAAAUCAGAACUGCUGCCAGCCGAGUGGAACAACAAUAAAGACCUGUAUGUCCUCCGGUAUGAGUCUAAGGAUGGGUCCAGAAAGCUCCUUGUGAAGGCUGUCACCGUGGAGAACAGCAUGAUCAUCAAUGUGCUGGAAUGUGGCUCACAGCAAGUGUCAGACUUGACCCUGAACUUGGAUGAUUAUAUUGAUUCAGAACACCUGGUUGACUUCCACAGGACCUACAAGAACAGUGAGGAGCUUCGGUCUCGUAUUGUGUCUGGAAUCAUCACACCUAUCCAUGAGCACUGGGAAAAGGCUAGUGUAAGCAGUCCCUGCCAGGAGUUUCCCCCUGCCACUGCCAGAGAGGUGGACCCGCUCCGGAUUCACCCACACCACCCACACACCAGCCGGCAGCCUCCCUGGUCUGAUCCCCUGGGCCCGUUUGCUGUCGGGGGAGAGGACCUAGACCCCUUUGGGUGUCGGAGAGGUGGCAUGAUUGUGGAUCCCCUGAGAUCCGGCUUCCCAAGAGCACUUAUUGACCCGUCGUCGGGCCUCCCAAACCGGCUUCCUCCAGGCGCAGUGCCCCCAGGAGCACGCUUUGACCCCUUUGGACCCAUUGGGACUAGCCCGUCUGGCCCGAGGCCUGGCAGACGUGGUCAGUGAUGAAGCCCUGUGCUGGAGUGGAAAGAGCACCAUAGAGCACCAGGCUCAGAGGCAAGAGCUCAAGGCACUAGUCACUUUCCUUCCACAACUAGCAUUUCAGCCGUGGGUGGGUCCUUCACUUCUUAGCUCCUUGGGCUCCUUCCCCUAAAUUAGGACAUAAAUAUUUAUCUGUGGGCAGAGGGCUACUAGAGCCUUUCAGAGGUGUCUGCUAAUAUGCUAUAGCCUGGGAUUGCCUGUCUGCCCUGCCUGAGAGUGGGUUAGGGGUAAGCUAAACUGACACAUGUGCCCAGGGUCAGUCCUGGAUGGGGGCUGGGCCUGGUGAGGAGGCUAGCAAGAGUAGGCUCCCUGGGCAUUUCUGGCAGACCCCAUCUCAAGCACUGAUUUAGUAAAAGACCACCUUGAAGCCUUUACAGCAGCUCUGCUCUGGAGCAAGACUCAGAGGUCAGGCAGGGCUGCAGAUGCAAUCAUCAGUCAGAGUCGUCUUCCUCAAGCGCUGGCAAGUGGAUGGAAUGUUUUUGUUUUGAAAUUGGACCAUAUCUGCUACCAAAAGGACUUGGGGCAAUUUGCUCCUAAAAGCAUCCUUUAUUAUAAAAGGAAGUAUUUAAAGGAACAUCAGACCAGAGACCAUCAGACAAUCAGGGAAGGUAGAUAACUUUCAGGACCCUGAUUCAAGGAAAAGACAAGAUUGAAACAAUAAAUUUGCCACUUAGAUUUUCUAGUAGCAAAGAUUGAAAGGAUAGUCAUAUACAUAAUUCUGUUUUCUGAAAACAGAAACUUUAGUGAUUCAUCUGCAGAAUCAGCCAUUUUUUGAAUGGGUCUCCUUGCAUCAAGGACACUGAGGGACACAGACAAUGUCUUAGCUGUUAUGUGGGGGGAAGUGAAUGGGGCCUUUAAGAACUUCCAAGUCAAGCUGUCGGUGCUUGUUGUGGUCUGGGCCACUUGCCUCCUUCCAGCCAUCAUCAGGUAAUCACCAAGCAGCAAAAGGAAAUGGUUCAGGUUUUGUGGCACCUGAAAAGUUGGAGCCUUAACAAUAAAUACCAGCACUUAAUAACCUG